AUUGCAUCAGCAUCUCAAGACAAGACCAUCAAAAUAUGGGACCCAGAAACCGGCUACUGCAAGGCAACUCUUCAAGGCCACGCCGGCGACGUCUGGACAGUCGCCUGGGAGCCCGAUGGCAAACUACUCGCAUCGGGCUCGGCGGACGGCACUCUCAAGAUCUGGGACUCCACGACAAAUGCAUGCAACUUUACCCUCCCUCAUGCGGCGGGCGUCAUGUGCGUCUCCUGGUCUCCCGACGGCACGAAGCUGGCUUCGGCUUCCGCAGACGGUACGCUGAGGCUCUGGGUUGCAGAGACGGGAGAGUGCCUUGCCACGCUCAAGGCGAGCAAUUAUGAUAUGCCGACCCUUGCUUGGUCUCCCGACGGCACUCGCAUCUUGACGGGUUCAGACGACCAUACAAUGAGAGUCUGGGACAUCUUGACCGGCGAGUACAAGGGCAUUCCGGUUGGAAAUACCUGGACCCAAGUCUUUGGUGUUGGCUGGUCGCCUGAUUCGAAGCUGUUCGCCUCCGGAAUGGAUGACAAGCAGGUGACGAUCUGGGAUCCAGCCACUGGCGAGCGUAAGCUGGUACUCAAAGGCCACGUCGAUACCGUCAAAGGUGUCUCAUGGAAUCCCAACGGAAGCAUCCUGAUCUCGGCAUCUUAUGAUUGCAAGAUCAAAGUCUGGGACCCGGUCACGGGUUCCUGCAAUGCAACGCUUGAUGGCCACGGAGAUUGGGUAAAUGCUGUCUCCUGGGCUCCAGAAGGCGUACAGUUUGCCUCGGGGUCCAAAGACAAGACAGUCAGGAUCUGGGACACUUCGACCAACAAGUGCAUACGAGUGCUCUCUGAGCACAGUGGCCCUGUUCACUCGGUUGCUUGGGCU